AAGUCUGAGGAGCACGCACCAGAACACAAGUUCCAGCUCAUCAAGGGUGACAAUAAAGAUGACAGUGACGAUGACGAUGUUGGCGAACUUUGAUUUUUAUGGGGUAGGAGCAGCAUCGGUUUGA